AAAAUGUUACAACUAUUAUAUUUAUUAGUAUCGCAUCCACUAAUUAAAUGGACUGCUAUUGUAUUAAUAAGUUUGUAUGCAAUUUACAGAUAUAUUCUAUCAAAAUGUGAUUAUUGGGAGAAACAGGGCGUCCAAACAGCAUCGGUAGGCCUAUGGACUCGUAUGACUAGACACGGACACGAAUGGGAACAGGAUCUGUACCGUCGGUACGGCAAAUGUUUCGGUGUCUAUGAGCUGAACCGUCCGGUACUCUAUCUGUCGGAUCCGGUAUUGAUUCGCGACGUUUUGGUCAAAGAUUUUCAUAGUUUUAUAAACAGACGGUCAUUUGGUACCGGUUCGGAUCCAUUGAUCGACAAUAUUGUCGGCAAUCUUCGGGGAGACCAAUGGAAAAGAGUCCGAUCACUAAUGUCGCCGACAUUUACAACCGGAAAACUUAAGCGAAUGAUGCCAUUGAUUGGCGAAUGUUUGCAAACAAUGGACAAAAAUCUCCGGUCAGUGUCCGCCGCCGCCAAUACUACCGACGGGUCGUCAUCACUACCACCACUACCAGUGCUGGAAACGGAUAUGAAACGAUUGUUCGGCGCCUACAGUAUGGAAGUCAUCAUUCAGGUUGCUUUCGGUACUAAAGUCGAUGCACUGUUCGAUGAGGACAACCCUAUCAUCCGAAAUAUACAGAAAUUUUUUAGCCGUGACCUCAAUCUACGAAUGUUGACCUUAUUUUUGGCGCCAUCAGUGGCCAAAUGGUUGAAAUUGACCAUUUUUGACACGAAAGCGACCAAAUUUUUCUGCGACUUUACCGUUAAGAUCAUUGAAGACCGUAGUCGACGACGACAACAACAACAACGGGAGCUGAAAACUGGUGAUAAUAUUAUUACCGAAAAACGGGUCGACUUUUUGCAGCUAAUGUUGGACUCGAUAUCGGAGACCACAACCGAUGAUAAUAAAGAUAUUACUGAUGGCUAUCUGGAAAAAUAUGGACAGUUAUCCAAUGUUGAACUACUGUCGCAAUGUUUGGUGUUUUUUAUUGCCGGCUACGAGACAACUGCCACUACAUUAUCCAUAACCACUCAUUUGUUGGCCAAGAAUCCCGUAGUUCAGGAAAAAUUGUUUGAAGAAGUCGACCAUUAUUUCAAACAUAACAGUCAGAAAGAUGUCGACUACGAUAUACUACAUUCCCUGAAAUACUUGGACGCAGUUAUUAUGGAAUCGAUGAGACUAUAUCCGGCCGCACCGUUCCUGGAAAGACAGGCUACCGAUGACUAUACAUUGGGCAGCACUGGUAUCCAAAUCAAAAAAGGUCAACUGAUUCACAUACCUAUCUAUGCUAUGCAUCGCGAUGAAGCUAACUUUCCCGGAGCCGACCAGUUCCGACCCGAACGAUUUCUGGCCGAUAAUGUCCAUAAACACGAUCCGUACGUCUAUCUGCCGUUUGGUGCCGGACCUCGCAAUUGUUUGGGUAUGCGUUUGGCCCAAAUGGAAACCAAACUGGCACUGGUCUAUGCCGUCUAUAAGUACCGGUUCAUCGACACAGGGAAACCCAUUGAAUUUUACAACAGUUUAGGUAUUAUAACACCCAAGAAGGUUAUGGUUAGAGUUGAAAAACGGGCAUAAAAUAAAUGGACACCAAGUGAUCACCAAAAAAAAUAAAAUAAAAUAAUUAAUUAAUUAUUAUUUUUUACUGUAAUUAU